CAUAAAUUUUUCCGUGAAAAUUGGUGUGAUUAUGUUUUAAUAAGAUAUAUAGUUUUUUUUUAGAAUUUGUGUAGUUUAAAUUGUUUUGAUAUUAAAAACAUCUCUGACUCAUCUUUAUAAUUUUCUCUAUAUUAGAUGAACUAUAAAAUAUAAUCAUUUUUUUGUGCCAAUCUGGUUUUCUAUGAUAGAAUAUUGCUAUAUUUUCCCCUAUUAUACAGCAAGACAUUUGAAUAAGAAACGUCUGUAUUUUAGAAUUGCUUUGUUAUAGAGAAAAAAGUAGAAAUUGGUUGGAGAUACUCUAAAGAAACACAAAAUCCUCAUGUCAUGACGUUGGCAAAUAUCUAAAUUUGGUCUGUCAAAUCAUGAUCAUCCUUUUCAAGAUUAUAUCUUAUUGUAAAACCGGGUCACAUAAGCUUUUGACUUCAAGGCAGUUUCCAUGUAUUUUCACAAAAUUUUCAUGUAGAAGCAACAUAAUAUAAAAAUAAUAUUCUAUAGACCUUCAAAUAUUUUCUCAAUUCCUGUGAUGCCUAUUUAUAUAUGUGUUUCUCUUCUAGUCAUUCAUCGACCAAACUGUGAUAAGUCUAAUAAGGCCUCACGCUACAACGUAAAAAUGACGACGGUAGUGGAAAUGGAUGUGCCUAUGGACUGUCCUGGUUGCGAGAGAAAAGUUAGGAAGGCUCUUGAAAGCAUUAAGGGAGUCCACGAUGUUCAGAUAGAUAUGAAUCAGCAGAAAGUAACGGUGACUGGUUCGGCGGAGCAGAAGAAGGUUCUUAAAGUUGCAAGGAGUAUUACAGGAAGAGAGGUAUGCUUAUGGUCGUGCCCUUACCACCCCGAAUCUAAUGGAUUUAACGACAAGUACUACAAGAAGAAGUUCCGCAAAAGAAUCAUCAUGUCAAAAAAUGGUGAGAAAGUGAGUUCUUAUAACUAUUAUAUGCAUGGAUACCACGGACACGACCAUGGUUACCAUCAGGAACGGCCUUAUUCUGGUCUUAUCGACGAGAACGCUACUUCUAUGUUCAGUGAGGAAAACCCUCAUUUCUGUAACAUCAUGUGAUCGAUCUCCAUUUCAACAGCUACUAUGGAUGGAACAACUUUAGUUUGGUUAUGCUCCUUCCUUUGUAAAUAAACACGCAACCUAGUGGAAACCAAAUAUGAGUCCUCGUCCUCAGCUCAGUUGGAUUUGAUCCAGUCUCGAUAAAUGUUUAUGUAAUAAAUUAAAUGGGUUUGGUUUAAAUUUAGUAAGAUCAAAUAAAACUUGGUAGUUAUCAUCG